GCGAUGCCCCCUCCCGUCUGGGAUGUGUUGCAAGUCAGGCUUUGACCAGGUACAGAGGUUGGACCUAGCUGGGCACGAGUACAUUGUUCCAGUAUAAAGAAGAUCACUUGUGAUACAGGGCUUUGGGCCAUAAGCUAAGAUGGCCUUGUCGCUUCAGUUGCUUUCUCUUCAAAGACCCCGAGUAAGUGUGCUCAGGGCCUCCUCGGGCCUGGAGAGAAAAUCACUUGGUGCUCCGAUGCAAGAAUUGUUCUCGAGCUUCUCGCAUUUUUUAGUCUGAGGCACACCACUCAGCAGUGUGUACAGGUAGAUCUACUGAGCGAAGCCACUGCAUAAGAGACCUACAUAGUCAUUGAAUCCUGACCGCCGCUGGAUUCCUCGAUCCUGGACCUUGGACCGACCAAGUGUGCCAGGAAGGUGACGGUUUUUACGCCACCGCAUUCCCGGUGACCUCGUAGCCAUACCGAUUACCGUGUACCAUUGUGUACCAGCCAAGCACAGCGCCUCGCAGUAGAUCUUCGCACUCCAGCAUAUUUAGGCGCUUGGUACGGAAAGAAUAAGAAAGAAGUAGCCUUUACGCCAAGGAGGACAACAUCGAGCAAUUCUUCUUUUUCUUUUUCGACUGUCCCAGCACAUGUACACACGGCCUUGUGUUCGUGCUCGUGGAAACAGAUUUUACGAGCGGGACUGGUGAGGGCACCAUUGGAACAAACUGGUGCUUACGCGUGUGAAAGACUUGCCGGAGAUAGCAAAUUUGGUCGGACCUGGAGUGCCGUGCAAUGGUCUCGGAAAGCAUCGCCCGAGGUCUAGUGCCUCUAGUAUUAUGUGCUUUGCUUGGCAGUUUCGUCACGGCCAGUGAUGGUAGCGACAAGUGGUCACCGCUCCGUUCGUCGGACACUUCUCGACGCAUGACGACAAACAUCGUGGGAGUACCGAGUGUGGCUCAAAUCAUGAGCCUCCUGAAGAUGUCAGAGACCAUGUACGAACCCCACGGAGAUACACACCAGCAAAGAAGACGACGACGGAACAAUCAACAAGGGGAUUUGCCCGGUAGUGAUUUGAAACCCAGGACCGGAUAUCGCGUGGCAUCAUUCAGCGAAUCACUGCCACCUGGAUUCGGCGAAGCUUCAAACUCUAGCAACAAGAUGGGAUGCUACUAUUUCAAUGUGAGCGCAGGGAUACCAUCACACGCACGUGUACACUAUGCCGUGCUGACGAUAUUCAGGCGCUGCAAGAGUGGAUCAUCCACUGCAAGUGGUGUCAAUGUGUCGCUUGUACCCGAUAGCAAUGCAUCGCCGGCAAGCCAGUUGCAUGACUCGGUCAACAUGAACUGCGAGGGACGCAACGGCGGAGACUGGCUUCGCAUCAUUGUCACUCCGUUUGUCCAACGGUGGCUGAUCGAUGACGACCAUCGUAGCAUCUGCUUGCUCUCACCUCAAGCCGAGCGUACUCCGCGUAUGGCACUGUUCUCGCUACAGGGCGGUAACUUGAAAGCUGGGAAGAACCGCAACGCUAGUUUGACUGUUAUCUAUGAGCUUCAGGUCCUUGGAGACCAGCCCACAUGCACGCCUGCAACAGAGUAUGAGAGCACGUCGAAGGACAAUGCCCGUCAAACAUGCUGCAGGAAACCGUACUACAUUGACUUCAGCACCACUCGCUGGCGGGACAACAUCUUAUUUCCAAGUGGCUAUGAUGCAUAUGCGUGCCAUGGCUGGUGUCCCCGGGAGUCACCACCUGCAUCCAGUCAGCUGCAGUUUAAUGACAGAAUGGCAAGAUGGUUUGCGUUGGUGCACCGGCAGUGUGAGCCUACACGAUUCACAUCGGUAAUGAUGAUGAUACGGACUGACCAAGACCGCCUGGCACUGGAAACAAUACCCAAUGCUGUUGUUCUGUCCUGCGGCUGUGCUGCCAAGUACAGAUUAGCAUCAUGACCGCCUCUUCUUCUCUGCUGGCACAGUAAGUGCUUCACACUCUGAGUCUUUCUUUCCAUCCACGUGAUGCGCUCUUUGCAGCACCUGCCACCUUGCAGCCACAAUUUAUUGUCAGCUGCUGAAGUGAUGGUCUGAUGAGGUUGGUGCUAUAUCUGUACCCAUGACAUGCAGGGCAGGUGUGCAAGGAUUGUUGCAAUGUUACAGGGCCUGUGUACAUUGAACUUGAGUACAAGUAUUCUCCACCACCAAACUGUGUUACUCCCACAUCCGGCUCCACCGUGACUGCAGCAAAUGUUGCAAAUGACCUACCCUCACCACGCAGCCUUCACAGUUGCAGCAUUAUUACAUGGCAAAGACUCAGAAAAGCUGUGAUCACCUGUGACUUGAACUUUGUAAAUAAUUGAAGUGUUGUCAUAAUGUUGAGAUGCACAUAACUAAAAAGUAUAUGCAAAGAGAGACAGACAGACAGAGAGACAGGCACACAGACACGCAAGUUGAUGAUGAUAUGCCCCAUUACUCCAGCUAUGUGCCAUGUAUGCGUGUUAGCCAAAAUGAUGCUUUUCAGAAAUAUCUGUAACUUUUCUUCUUCGAUAUGUUACUCCUUACAUGUCACAGCUGUGCUGUUAGAUACUUGAGUAUGUGGCAAUGUCUACACACGCUCGGUAUCCCUGGCGCCGGUGCAGCCACCCUUGUACACACGUGCUGCUUAGUAGCUUAUUUUACUUGACCAUCUUUAUUCUUUAUUCUUUAUCCUAUGCAUACUGCAGUAAUUCCUUUGCGGAUCCAGUACACGCAGCCUGCAGCUGCUGCCGCUGCAGUAUCAUUGGAAUGAUCGUGCACUGCCCGUCACAAGAUCUGCGUGAUGAGCUGUGCCGCUAUGCAUUGA